AUGAUUAACCCUUUCAUUCCGCGGAGGGUUAACAUUCUGAACAACAUCUCCCCAAAUGUCAGUAGGAAACAUGGUGAAAUUCUCAAGGAUGAGACCAUUAAGACAACCACUAUAAUAGAGACACUUGAUGAGCAUCCAAAAGGUAAAGAUGAAAACAGUUCGGUUUCAUCGAGAUCUUCACAAUCCGAAACGUCUGAUGUAGUUAAGUUGAACUACACAAAUGGCGAUUCUGCUGCUAACGUGGGGAUAAAAUCGAAGCUAAGUUCUACUUUGGAAAGUAAAUCAGUGGUGGCAUUAUUUAUCGGUGACCUGGAGCCUUCAGUUACUGAGAAUAUGCUUAGGGAUAUAUUUGGCAAAUUUCGGUCACUAACCUCUGUGAAAAUAUGCCUGGACUCAAACUCAGGAAAGUCUCUGGGUUAUGGCUAUUUGAAUUUUGCGAACAGCGAAGAUGCAGAGAAGGCCACAGAAGAAUUCAAUUACAGACCCAUUGAAGGACAAGAGGUAAGAAUUAUGCCUUCUCUCAGAAACUCCUUUUAUCGCAAGAAUGUCGGUACGAAUGUUUUCUUUUCAAAUUUACCACUUGAAGAUUCCAGAUUGACAACAAGGGUUUUCUAUGACACUUUUAAGAAAUAUGGCAAGAUUUUGUCAUGUAAACUGGAUAAGAGAAAAGAUAUUGGUUUUAUCUAUUUCAAUAACGAUCAGUCAGCAAGGAAGGUGAUAAAAGAUUACAACGGCAAGGAGUUCUUUGGAAAUAAGGUUUUAUGUGGUAUUCAUUUUGAUAAAGAUUUUCGUAAAUAUCCAGAGUUCGAGAAAAGAAUAUCCAAUUUGGACUCCAUAACAGUUGCCAUGGAAGAACUGACCACAGAGGAUUCCAAUAAGGUCGUACUUCAACGUGAUUCUGGUUCUCAGGUCCCACAUCCGAACGCGGUCUUUGUUAAAAACUUACCUAUGGAUUGUACUAAUGAAGAGAUUCUAGAUUUCUUCAGUAAUAUUGGGCCCGUUAAAUCAGUGUUUUCUUCUAAAGCACCUAAAUUCAACUCUCUUUGGGCAUUCGUAACCUACAAGAGAGGGUCAGAUACGAGCAAGUCUAUUCAGUUCUACAAUGACAAAGAGUUUAAGAACAGGCGGCUCAUCGUUUCGAAAGCAGUACCCAAAGAAGGUAAAAACCAAUCUCCUUCAAAUUAUAAAAAUUACAAAACAAUCGUCCAGAUCGAUGAUGUGAGCCCAGUGCUAAAUGAAGAAUUUUUGAGUCAAUUGUGUAUUCAAGAGAGGAUAAAAAUCAAUAAAUUACACAUAACCUCUUUCAAUGAGAAAACACUGACCUACUCAGGUUUCAUCAAGUGCAAAACCAAGAAUGAUGCAACCAGAGUGUUUGCUUCACUGAACAAUCGGCUAAUCGGAGGUUCUGUCAUUAAAUGUUCCUGGGGAAAGUAUGAGCCUACUGCCGCCCCAACAAAUGUCCGAAUUGAUGGCCCCAGGGAUUUCCAGCAAGCUCAAUUGUUGGCUUUUCCAUUAUGUCACCCACUCUACUAUUCUAUGAAGCAAUCUCCUAAUCAGAAUGGUUUCAGUCAGUUACCACUGCCUUUAGGCAAGAACAAGUGUGAUCGUAAAGAUGAGGAGCAAAAGGCCGAAAUUCUUCAUUUAUUAAGAAGACAAGUAAGGAAGGGUAUUGAUUUUUUGAAGUAUCCAAGUGCAACUAGAGAUGAGAACCUUACUUGUAUAGCAGAUUAUAUUUUUGACGUUUAUUGGCGAGGCGAUAUUGAUAGUUUGACAAAGUUUAUGCUUUUAAUGAACACCAAUACACAACACGAAGGCAUCUUACAAAGACAGAUUAAGGAAGCUGCGAACUUCCUCGGUUUCGGAAGAUGA